UUCCACAUACAGUGUUUGACCAGAAAUAGAACUGUUGAGGUUCUGUGUGAAAUCUGGGGGACAACAUUAAUUUCUUCAUUUCACUGCUGUGAGAGAUGCCAUCUAGCUGCUUAUUCUACCUGUUCUUAGCCAUUGGAGCAAAUUCUAUCCAUGCUACUUCUAGAAGCCCUGAUUUUGGAUAUGGUGUGACAUGUUCUCUUGGCUAUUUCCCUUGUGGAAAUAUCACAAAGUGUUUGCCUCAGUUUCUCCACUGCAAUGGGCAAGAUGACUGUGGGAAUCAAGCAGAUGAAGAAAACUGUGGUGAUAACAAUGGAUGGUCUCAGCAGCUGGAUAAAUAUUUUGCCAUUUACAAUGAAAGGAUGUCUCAAUAUGCCUUUGAAGUGAAAACCCACGAAUGCUUGGUUGAUUCUGUGCCAACAGAAUGUUUAUGCCGAGGGCUAGAACUUGACUGUGAUGGUGCCAAUUUGAGCGCAAUCCCUUCAGUCUCUUCAAAUAUCACUAAGAUGUCCCUGAAAAGGAAUCUUCUGAGAAAGCUUGUUGACAACAGUUUCAAGAAAUAUCAGGAUCUUAAAAAAUUGUAUCUUCAAGAUAAUGAAAUAAGCUUUGUGUCAGGAUAUGCUUUCAAAGGACUUUACAGUCUGACAAAACUAUACCUAAGUCACAACAACAUAACUUAUCUGAAACCCCAUGUCUUUGAAGAUCUACAUAAACUUGAAUGGCUCAUAAUUGAAAAUAAUAAGAUCAAAUGCAUCUCUCCACUAACCUUUUAUGGGCUCAACUCACUUAUUCUCUUAGUUCUGAUGAAUAAUGCUCUUGCACAGUUACCUGAUGAACACCUUUGCCAACAUAUGCCAAGGCUGCGCUGGCUGGACUUCGAAGGCAACAAAAUCCAUCAUUUAAACAAUGCCACUUUCAUCUCCUGCAACAACUUAACUGUCCUUGUUUUGAGAAGAAACGAAAUCAGCUCUCUAAAUGAAAAGAGCUUUUCUCAUCUUCACAGAUUAGUUGAAUUAGACUUGGCUGACAACAAGAUUGAAUCAUUUUCUCCAUAUCUAUUUAAGGACCUGAAGGAACUCUCACAACUGAAUAUUUCAUGCAAUCCAGUACAGAAAAUACAAGCAGAUCAGUUCGAUUAUCUUGAAAAACUCAACUCUCUUAGCCUAGAGGGUAUUGAAAUUACAACUAUCCAGAGAAGGAUGUUCAGUCCACUUAGAAAUCUCUCCCAUAUAUAUUUUACAAAAUUCCAGUAUUGUGGCUAUGCCCCUCAUGUACGCAGCUGUAAACCAAAUACUGAUGGAAUCUCUUCCUUUGAGAACUUGUUGGCCAGCAUUAUACAGAGAGUGUUUGUCUGGGUUGUGUCUGCUGUCACUUGCUUUGGAAACAUCUUUGUCAUCUGCAUGAGGCCUUACAUACGAUCGGAGAACAAACUCCACGCCAUGUCAAUAGUGUCUCUCUGCUGUGCGGACUGCCUUAUGGGCAUAUACUUAUUUGUAAUUGGAGCCUUCGACCUGAAGUAUCGUGGGGAAUACAACAGACAUGCUCAGUUAUGGAUGGACAGUAUUCAGUGCCAGCUGGUGGGAUCUUUGGCCGUAUUGUCCACAGAAGUGUCCGUUUUAUUGUUAGCCUAUCUGACUUUGGAAAAAUACAUCUGCAUAGUUUACCCCUUUAGAUGCCUGAAGCGAGGAAGGUACAGGACGAUUUCCAUUUUGGUUCUCAUCUGGAUUAUAGGGUUUGUGGUUGCUUUCAUUCCACUAAGCAAUAGGAACUUUUUCCAAAAUUACUAUGGCACUAAUGGUGUCUGUUUCCCUCUUCAUUCUGAGCAAUCGGAAAGUACUGGAGGUCAAAUCUAUUCUGUUGUAAUUUUUCUAGGUGUUAAUUUGGUAGCAUUCAUCAUCAUCGUGUUCUCCUAUGGAAGCAUGUUUUACAGUGUUCAUCAAACAGCCAUUACUGCCACUGAAAUCCGGAAUCACGUGAAGAAAGAGAUGACUCUUGCCAAACGAUUUUUUUUCAUCGUAUUUACUGAUGCACUGUGUUGGAUUCCCAUAUUUAUACUAAAAUUGCUUUCCUUACUUCAAGUAGAAAUUCCAGGUUCCAUAACUUCCUGGGUAGUGAUUUUUAUAUUACCAAUCAACAGCGCCUUGAACCCUAUUCUCUACACACUGACCACGAGGCCUUUCAGGGAAACAAUUCGUCAAGUUUGGCACAAUUACAAGCAAAGAUCCUCAGGAAGCAAGAGCAGCCAGAAAAUGUCUGGGGCAUCAUUUAUUUGGGUAGAAAUGUGGCCCACACAAGAGACCUCACCUGAGUUAACAAAACCUGCUCUUUAUUCAGACUUUUCAGAAGGAUCAGUUAUGCAUACAUCAACAGUAAAUCUAUACACAUGA